UAUUUAUGUAUUUAAUAUUGAUGGGGUGUUAUUACAAGGCUCGACUAAGAGAACCCAUCAAUCAGUUGAAAAGGAAGGGAAAAAAGCUGUAAUUCUUAACAAUAGUGUCACAGGAACUGUUUCAGCCUGGUGUGCAUCUCUCUGCGUCGAUGUGGUGGCAUGUGCAAGGGGAGGCUUUCCAAUUUCUAACAGUGAAGAUGGUGGUGGUGGCGGUGGCAGUGAUGGACUGACUGAUGAUGGUGGCUCUCCUCCCUUCCUGUCUUUCAACAACCACCUUCCGGCCCCUACUUUAGUUGCUUGCUCACCUCAUCCUUUUUCUCUUACUUUUACUCCCUUUUUUAUCCCCCAACUUUUCUCUAUUUCUCGUUUGUUCACGUUAACCAGUUAAUCUUACAUACUUCUCUUUCUUAUUUUCACACCUACGACCUCUCUCUCUCUCUCUCUCUCUCUUUGACCAGUUGCCACUUGCCACCAACAGCAGCUCUCUAUCUCUCCCUCUUUAUCUCUCUCAAAUGGCGACCCCACUCUACAAUCUGUAGACGAUCUUUUUUAAGUGGAAACGUGAGUAGAAGACGCCUCUCUUUUAGAAUUAGAGAACUCCUCCUCUCUUCCUCUCCUUUUCUAUCCAAAACCCUAAAUUGAACCCAGUCCAUGAAAGUGAAACAGAAAGGAACAGGAAAAACUUCUGUCUAACUCUUAUCUCCAGACGCUUUUUUUUGUUUCCUCGGUGUUCUCCUCCUCUGCUAGAUUAAGAUCGCUGGGUUGUUUCUCUCUCUCUCUCUCUCUUUUUGCCGCUCAACUCUCCUGGUCGACUUCGAAGAGGCAGGCAAAGGAAAGAAAAAGAAAGGUCUGUCUCCAUUGUGGAUCAGAGCUUUAAAGAGACGGGUACUUUCUGAAAGCUAUUCUAGAAAACCUCCCUCCAUUUAAUUCAUGGGUUCUUUCGCAGGAUUCACUUAAUUGGGAUUGUAAGUGAGAAAAUCCCUCUGCAGCUGCCCCUGAGAUACACAUAGCCUGUCUCUUCACACGCUCAACCUUUGUCUGUCUGCCAUUUCCUUCUCGCUUUUUUAUUGUUCCUUCUUUGAUCUCUCGACUCUCAUACCCUUGUACCCUCUAGAGCUAUGGAUUCUGGUAACAGUAGUAGUAUGCAAUCAUCAAGCGGCGGUGAUGAAGAGUACGAUUCUCGGUCUGAGUCGAUCUCCGCUAUCUUGAAUUCUUCCGGCCACGUCGGUCAUGGUAACGUCAUGUCUAACCCAAACCUACCAACUCCUGCCUCCAACCCACACCAUCUCAAUCUUCCCUCCUCCUCGCCUUCGUCUUUGUUUGAUCCUCUAUCAAAUUAUCUGGAUGCCUUCUCUCGACCACCGUCGACUUCAAAUGCAAAUUCACAGCCGCAUCUUGACAUGAUGUGGCCUAGAAGCCUAAGAUCUGAACCCAGUUGCACCGAAAUCGGUAGGAUAAUGGGAUCCUCAUCUUCGAGCCAUCAGAUCUCCGGUGCUCAAAGGCCUAGUCGGGGCUCUUUGCCAAGCUCAUCGUCCAAGCCAUUGCCAACAGUCUCGGAAAAUAGUGCACGGCCUUCAGCUCCACCUCCAUCGGAUCAAUCCAACGUAGUUCGAAGUUCGAAGAAGAGAUCAAGAGCUUCUCGAAGGGCACCCACAACUGUUCUGACCACCGACACAUCGAAUUUCCGCGCGAUGGUGCAAGAGUUCACAGGGAUCCCGGCACCCCCUUUCUCAGCAUCACCCUUCCCUCGAAGCCGACUCGAUCUCUUUAACACUGCGUCCACCUUGAGGUCCGCCCAUUUGGAUCCACCACCACCGCCGUACCUUCUACGGCCUUUUGCUCAAAAGGUUCAGCCACCCUCAUUUUUAUCUUCUGCUGCUGCUGCUUCUGUUUCGUCAUCGUUCUCUUCUAGUUUGAUCGAUGCUAUUGCUUCUAGUUCUAAUAUUGGCAAGACCACUACUGCCACUAACCCUUCCACAGCCACCGUCACCGCCACCACUACAACCACCAUUGCCCUCGCCACUACUAAUAAUACUUCAAAUUCAACUUCUACAAAUAACUACCAACUACUUCCUGAUUUGGGCCUUCCGAAACAAUCUCAAAGCAUACUGAACAUUCAUCAGCAGAAUCCAGUUCUUACAUUCCAGUCUCUCCUGCAACCAUCUCCUCUUCAGCAACCCAAGUACCCAUUAGCGAAUGUUUUCGGCGAGAAAUCUCAACAAGGGUCGUUAUCCAGUCCGUCGACGGAUUCACAACAACUUAAAAUGGGCAUGGUGCUAGAGGAUUUUGGCAUGGGUCAUGCGCAUGGAAACCCACAACUUAGCGGGCUAUCCAAUCUCGUAACUUCUGAUGGGAUGUCACUGAGGAGCGACAAUAACCCUUCAGGCUGGGGAGCUGGGGUAGGACUGAAUGAUGGAGAUCAUCAAGCUCAUUUGAAGUCCUUUAAUGUGAAUUACGGUAAUUCACAGAGGGUAAAUAGCUGCAAGAUCAACUACACCACGUCGUCGUCAGAUUUCCAUGUGGACAAGGGACCGGAGAAUGUUUCUUCCAGGGGUGAAGGUAUGGUAGAUUCAUGGAUCUGUUCUUCGGAUUAGCAAAAAUAUGUCAGAGAGAGAGAGAGAGAGAGAGAAAGGGGAAGGGUAAGAAGAAGUAGAAGAAGGAAGGAGAUGCCAAUGAUUCUCUCUGCAUCUUAUCAUUAACCAUCACUUCCAACAACAUUUACAAAGGUUGAAAUUUUCUUAAAUUAUGUGUAUAUAGUCUUUUUGCUUCUUAUAUUUCUGAAUUC